ACAUUCAAAAUUAUAUGUUAAAUCAGUAAGCUGUCCCUCCAAGUGUUUGGCUAACGGUACAAAUUACACAUAACUGCUCAAUUUGGGUUCAGAUAUGCCGCCACGUAAGGAAGACGGUAAAUUGAGCCCGCUGAUCACUCCUGAUCCCCACUACAUUCCCGGCUACCAGGGCCAUGUCCCCGGUUUUUUGUUCGAUUUUGGGGCCACAUUCGGUCAUAUGUCCAACAAAUUGCUCACCGAUCCCUGCAUACCGGGCUCAGGAAAUCUGGUUAGGCCGCUGAACUUCAACGUGGGGCGGUCCGACCCGUCGCUCGGCCCCCUGGUGCGCUCGUCAGGGUGCAACUUCCCGCGGCUGACCACCAACAUGGUGCCCGGCUUCUCCGGCCGGAUCCCCGCCUACGACAACGUGUUCGGCCUGAGCUACGCACGCGGCACGGAGAAGGCUAUACGGGACUUCGAGUGUAACCAGGUGAAGGCCCGUCAGCAGCGGCAGCACGUCAACGCACUGGCUGCCAUGAAUACUUGCAAUACUGGCCGGUCCGGCUACAACGCAAAUUGCCCGGUGCCGUUGUGGAGCCGUAACAACCAGGGCUUCCGAGCUGCUGGUGGCGGCACGUACGAAGGCCCGUACGACCGACAGGCGCCCUUCCAGUUUGUCGAGUCGCCCUACUUCAUGGGCAACGAUGACCCGCGCAAGUUCUUCAUGUCGGGCUACACGGGUUUCGUGCCCAACACCCAGCCGGUCAUUGGCAACGUCUUCCCAAUCACCACCAACAAGGGGCUGCGCAAGUUUACGGAUGAGCAGUGCCGGAUCCGUCAGAACUUCUGCAAGCCGGUGGUGGUGAGCACAAAGAGCCGCCAGUACGACCCGCCUGACGAGCAGGUGUACGACUGCGGCCGACAGCUCCCGAGAACGAUGAACAUUCCCGACAUAGGCGGCCAGUUUGACCCGUCUCUGAUGGUGGGCUGCGGGCCGCACGCCCUCAACCAGCACAACCCCAACGAGGACUUCCUCCUGAACCGGGCCAAAGUGUCGCCGGCUAUCAUGAACCAGGUGCCGGCGCUGGGCCAGGACCGGCUGCGCCGCAAGAUGCAGAUGUUCAAGCGGAAGGACCCGCACCCGAUCUACCGCGUCCAGGAGGGGCUGCUGCCCACCUACGGCGGACACGUGCCCAACCAGCAGUUCCGCUUCGGCGGCACGUUCGGAAAGGAAACGGUCAACGCCAGGAGCAUUCAUGCCGUUGUUGUUCGACCAUGAUAGCCACGACCGAAUUCAUCCGCGAACCUUUCAUUUCUACUUGCGUCAAAAUGCGUAGAGCAUCGACUUCCAAACGAGGUGUUUAAAACAGGCGCCGUUUUCGCCAUCGGCUACAACCUGCAUCGGAGCAAAACGGUGUCACUUAACGCCAGUCACAACGCGCGUUAACUGACACUCCUUCAGAAAAGUACGCUGAAUGUUUCCCGUCUCAUUUGUCAACAAUAUAUUAGUCUUGCGAGUACA